AUCGGGUACGCAGUAGCUGCUGCCCCGGAGUAGGGACCGGAAGAGCUGCGCACUCUUUGGGCGUUAAGGGUUCGCGCGCCGCAGGGUCGUUUCAGCUGAGCACUUGGAGUCCCCGCGAGCUCGAGAUCUGUGAGCAGCCACCAUGUCGAUCUUCACCCCCACCAACCAGAUCCGACUGACCAAUGUGGCCGUGGUGCGGAUGAAGCGGGGAGGGAAGCGCUUCGAAAUCGCCUGCUAUAAAAACAAGGUCGUCGGCUGGCGGAGUGGAGUGGAAAAAGACCUUGAUGAAGUUCUGCAGACCCAUUCAGUGUUUGUCAAUGUUUCCAAAGGUCAGGUUGCCAAGAAGGAAGACCUCAUCAGUGCAUUUGGGACUGACGACCAGACUGAAAUCUGCAAGCAGAUUCUGACUAAAGGAGAAGUUCAGGUGUCAGAUAAAGAACGGCACACACAGCUGGAGCAGAUGUUUAGGGAUAUUGCCACCAUUGUGGCAGACAAGUGUGUGAACCCGGAAACAAAGAGACCCUACACCGUCAUCCUCAUCGAGAGAGCCAUGAAGGACAUCCACUACUCCGUCAAACCCAACAAGAGCACCAAGCAGCAGGCGCUGGAGGUGAUAAAGCAGCUGAAGGAGAAGAUGAAGAUCGAGCGGGCCCACAUGCGCUUGCGCUUCCUCCUGCCGGUGAACGAGGGGAAGAAGCUGAAGGAAAAGCUGAAGCCCCUGAUGAAGGUCGUGGAGAGUGAGGACUACAGCCAGCAGCUGGAGAUCGUAUGCCUCAUCGACCCAGGCUGCUUCAGAGAAAUUGACGAGCUGAUAAAAAAGGAAACGAAAGGCAAGGGGUCUCUGGAAGUGCUCAGUCUGAAAGAUGUGGAGGAGGGAGAUGAGAAGUUUGAAUGACACCGAGCAGGUCCUCAGCGCAGCACAACAGCGGGCGUCCGUCUGUCAGCUAGCAGCAGCAGCAGCAGCAGCAGCAGCAGCAG